CAAAUUACAAGUUAAACAGCGUGAACAACUCAACAGCGGCUCUGUCGCACAGUGCCAUCGACCGUCGUCCGUGAUUCAUGAGUGUUAUUGAACAGUCAAAGCCUAUCACUGCAUAAAAAAAAAAAGAAAUAGAAUUAAGAUCAAUUAUUACUCACGAAUCCAAUACUCCAGCCGGUAAUCAGCAGUCACAAUACGUCAUUCAGACUUAGCACUCUCAAAUCUCUAGGUGACAACGGAUAGAAGGUAACAUUAUGGAUUCACAAGACUAUUCUGACAGCAGUGAUGAGAAUGAUUCGGACUAUAAACCACCAGGUGAAGAUGAAAAUUUAUCAGAAGUUGAUUCAGAUGAUCCAAUUGAAGAUGAUGAGGAUGGUACCAGUACAUCUGCUAAAAAAUCAAAGAGAGCUAAUAAAAAGUUAACAACUAAGAUGGGAAAAAGAAGAACACUAAAGAAAUCCAAAAAAACAGUUAUUGAUGACGAAACUGUUGAAAAAACAAAAGAAGAAGUAAAUACUCUUCUUAAUUCCUCUGAAGAUGAUAAAAAACGUUUAGAUGCUUUGUGGGAAGAAUUUCAACGACCUAUUCAGAAAAAACCUUCCAAUACACCUAUUACGAGUGAAAAUAAAUCUAAAUCAAAAGAUUCUAUAAAAGUUUUAGAUAAACAAGAAACAACAAAAAAAAGAAACUUUGAAGCGUUAUUUGAUUGUUCUGACUCAUCUAAAAAAAUUAAGACUAAUGAUGAUACUACAACACCAAAGUCUUCAGGAUCUACUAGUGUAGUAACCCCUAUUGCUACAAAAUCAUCAGGUGGUUUAGCAAAUAUAUUGAGUCAAAUAGGAAAAAAAAGUAAAUUGUCAGUUUUAGAAAAAUCUAAACAAGAUUGGGAUGGUUACAAAAAAAAGGAAGGAAUUGUCGAAGAAUUAGUCACAUACAAUAAAGGAAAAGAUGGGUACUUAGAAAAGCAAGACUUUUUAGAACGGACAGAUUUACGACAAUUUGAAUUGGAAAAAUCAAUGAGAGCUGCAAAUAGAUCGCACAGAAAUUAGAAAAGGCAUUAUUAAUUUAUAUUAUAUCAAUAAUUCCUAAUAUUUAAGUAAUUGGUUUUAAACUUUUAAAUUGUAUU